AUGGAUGCCUACAAUGAAUCCGACGACACCCUCAAUAGUGUCACUUCGCUCAACAGCAUCAGCGGCUCUCUAUCCGAGCACGAGCUCGUCAGUGCCGGCGGGGGCCCGAUCCGGAAACGGGUUCGGCGGCCUCCCCCUCCUGAAAAGAAGGUCUACCAUUGCACGUUCGAAGGGUGCAACCGGUCUUUCCAUCGACCGGAUCGCCUCGAGAGCCACUUCAUGCGCCAUUCGUGCGAACGGCCCUUCAAAUGCACAAGCUGCGAAAUGAGCUUUGUGAGCAAAUAUGAUCUGCAAGUGCACAUCCGUCGUCUCCACGGAAGCACGUGCGCGUACCAAUGCCACAAGUGCGGGCUUGGUUUCUAUAGAGCACAUGUGCACAAGGAACACUUGGAUGUCUGCAAUGGUAUUCUCCCCCCGGCUCGAAUCCGUAACCGAGGCAAAAACUCGGGCACGGCCAAACGUGGCUCCAAGUCCGAGAACGAGCAUUCCGAAGAAGAUGAUCAUGAUCUGGAGUAG